AUGACUGAGAUUUAUCCAUCACUCACUCAGUGUGCCAUAGUUGCCACAGCCUUCAAGGUUCUUCUAUUCCCAGCCUACAAAUCCACGGACUUUGAAGUCCAUCGGAACUGGCUGGCCAUUACGCACAACCUCCCGCUCUGGGAAUGGUACUUUGAGGAGACAUCAGAAUGGACCCUGGACUACCCUCCGUUCUUUGCAUACUUCGAAUGGGUCCUGUCCCAGGUUGCAAAGCUGGUGGAUCCAGCAAUGCUCAAGGUCUACAACCUCGGAUACGACAGCUGGCAGACCGUCUACUUCCAAAGGUCGUCCGUGUUGGUCACAGAACUCUUGCUCGUCUACGCCCUACAACUUUUCGUCGACUCGUCUCACGGCGCAACCAAAAGAGCUGCCCAGGCUGCCGCCAUUUCAAUACUGUUCUCUCCAGGGCUCCUUCUCAUUGACCAUAUCCAUUUCCAGUACAAUGGAUGCAUGUACGGCCUCCUCAUCGCAUCUCUUGUCCUAGCAAGAAAGCAAUCCGGUUUGCUGGGCAGCGGGCUCGCCUUUGCAGGGCUUCUAUGUAUGAAGCACAUCUACGCUUACCUGGCGCCGGCCUACUUCGUGUACCUACUCCGGGUCUAUUGCUUGUCCCCGAGAUCCUUCUUUCGCAUCCAGUGGCUCAACUGCAUCAAGUUGGGCGGCGGCAUCGCUGCUAUCCUCGCUGCCGCCUUUGGCCCAUUUGCGCUCCAGGACGUGGACCAGCUUUGGCAGAUGAAAGAAAGGCUCUUCCCAUUUGGUCGAGGACUAUGCCAUGCUUACUGGGCACCCAAUGUUUGGGCACUGUACUCAUUUUCUGAUCGGAUCCUCAUCUAUCUUGCGCCGCGCCUUGGGCUGCCAGUCAAGCUCGAUGCACUGUCCAGUGUGACACGAGGCCUCGUCGGCGACACGUCGUUUGCGGUGCUCCCAGACAUAACUCCCCGGGUGUGUCUUAUGCUCACACUGGUCUUCAUGGCCCCGCCACUUGUGAAGCUGUUUUGGAAAUCGACCUGGGAUGGCUUCAUUGGGGCUGUGACCCUUUGCGGCUACGCCUCGUUCCUGUUUGGCUACCACGUGCACGAGAAGGCUGUCCUCCUGGUCAUCAUCCCCUUCAGCCUGAUCGCGCUCAAGGACCGCCGGUACUUUGGGGCGUUCCGGCCACUGGCGGUCGCAGGGCACGUGUCCUUGUUUCCGCUGCUCUUCACGCCGGCCGAAUUUCCGAUCAAGACCGUCUACACUAUCUUCUGGCUCAUCCUGUUCCUCAUGGUCUUUGAUCGUCUCGCGCCAGCUUCCGGCAGGCCGAGGUUCUUCCUCUUCGAUAGGUGCAACACGCUCUACAUUGCCAUCAGCAUACCCUUGAUCGCAUACUGCUCGCUGAUCCACGAGCUUGUCUUUGGUCAGAGCUACGAGUUCUUGCCGUUGAUGUUCACCAGCGCAUACUCGGCGCUGGGAGUGGUUGGCAGCUGGAUUGGAUUCAAUGUGGUGUAUUUUGCUUCAUAG